CCAAAAUUUGACCCUUUGCUCUUUUCUCAGGGGCUCUAUACUGAUCUAGAGAUCAAGAAAAUGAUCUCAUGAAAUGAGGAGAAUCUAUUUUCAGUGAUUCAGUAGGCCAUCUCUGAUUUCCAUCUUCUUCCAUGAGCCCAGCCAUGUCUGCACAAAUUUACUGUUACUAGUAGGAUGAAUUUUGUUUUAUUAUCUUAAAGUGUCAUUAUUGCUAUUUGCUAGUUGUAUUAAAGACUCUAUUUUUCUUCCCAAAAGAAUGAUUAUCCCAAAAAUAAAAGUGAGGUUUCCACCAUUUCUGCAAGCUCCAUCAUUACUAAUUACAGGCUUACAGCUGCUAUAACCCUCUACCUACUUUCGCCACUGACCCACUCUCCUUCUGGGGCAUGCACACGGUACUGGGUUCUUUCACUUCUUUGUUCUUGUUUAUAUUUGUUCUUUGUAGGAGUGGCGGUGUUGUUCGUAGGUUUCGAGGUGAUUAAGGAUGUCGGGGUUUCUGAACGAUGAGCUCUCGAAGAGGACGACUGUGUUCGGGUUGAGGCUAUGGGUGGUGGUGGGUGUCUGCGUCGGAGCCGCAAUCGUGCUGGUUUUGUUUUUCAUCUCCCUGUGGUUAAGCUCCAAGAAAAUCAUGGCGUUUCUUCCUCACAAGAAACCCAAAAUCCCCAACGUGUCCAAGGAAAUCCAGGAGAUCCGGGUCGACCCGUCUCAAAGCCCGAAGCUUUUGCGGGCCGCCAUGCACGACCCGGUGCCGGAGCCCGAGGAGGAGAGCCGGAGCUCCGGUGGGGACCACAGGGAAAAUGGGAAGGGUCAUAGAAUUUUGCAUCCGGAGCGGGUCGGAGCGGGUAGCGGGUCAAGCCAUGGGAGUGAGAAACCCAAAUCCGGUGAUCAGGCCAUAGCUCUUGUACCCGAGGUGUCACAUUUGGGGUGGGGCCACUGGUACACUCUUAGAGAGCUCGAAAUAUCCACAAAUGGGUUUGCCGACGAGAAUGUAAUCGGAGAAGGUGGCUAUGGCAUUGUCUACCAUGGUGUUCUUGAGGAUAAUACAAAAGUUGCUGUCAAGAAUUUGCUCAACAACAGAGGACAAGCUGAGAGGGAGUUUAAGGUUGAGGUGGAAGCGAUUGGGCGUGUCAGGCACAAGAAUUUGGUCAGGUUGCUUGGUUACUGUGCAGAGGGAGCUCAUAGGAUGCUUGUGUACGAGUAUGUGGACAAUGGAAACUUAGAGCAGUGGCUGCACGGUGAUGUAGGGCCGGAAAGCCCUCUGACAUGGGAAAUUCGAAUGAAUAUUGUUCUUGGAAUGGCGAAAGGGUUGACCUAUCUGCACGAUGGACUUGAGCCCAAGGUUGUUCAUCGUGACAUUAAAACGAGCAACAUUUUACUUGAUAGGCAGUGGAAUCCAAAAGUAUCCGACUUUGGGUUGGCCAAACUCUUGGGCUCUGACAGGAGUUACAUCACCACUCGUGUUAUGGGAACAUUUGGCUAUGUUGCUCCAGAAUAUGCUAGUACUGGCAUGCUAAACGAGAGGAGUGAUGUAUAUAGUUUCGGAAUUCUUCUUAUGGAGAUAAUUACCGGGAGGAACCCAGUGGACUACAGCCGCCCUCCGGGAGAGGUGAACCUAGUUGAUUGGCUUAAAACUAUGGUUUCGAACCGCAAUGCUGAAGGAGUUGUGGAUCCCAAGUUGCCCGAGAAACCUUCUUCAAGGGCAUUGAAACGUAUCCUUUUGGUUGCUUUACGUUGUGUAGAUCCAAACGCUCAGAAGAGGCCCAAGAUGGGGCAUGUACUACACAUGCUUGAAGCCGACGAAUUUCCUUUCCGAGAUGACCGAAGAGCUGGAAGGGAUCACCCGCGUUCUCAUCGUGAGGAUGCAGAAGGGGCGAUGGAGAAGCCCGUUACUGAAUCAUGAGAAGCCCGUUAUCAUGCUGAAACAGAGUGCUCUCGUUUCUUCUGCCACUCGAGGUGUUAUCAAUCUCUAGGUUUGGCGAGUGUAAAUAUCGUUCGAUUUCACACUUCCACUUAGAGUUAGAUCUACGCUCAUUUUAAGUUGUGUAUGGCAUUAGAACCUGGCAAUUUGUUUGGCAAUGAUUAAUGAUUAAGAGCUAUAUAUGUGGUUUCUGCCUUUCUGGUUACAAGGCAUGGAGUUUACUGCAAUGGGUCCUAUAUACUAACUUAAGGCACUGUAAGCCAUGCAGAAAGACAGGGACAAGAGAAACAUUGACAACUAGAGGUGGGCAUGCCUGCCUUGGGCUUCUUCUAUUCAUUUUGUUCCCUUCUGAUUUUUUUUGGGUUUUCAUCCUUGUAAUGAGUACAAGAUACAAUGUAUGUAUGUGUGCCCGAGAGGAGUGAUUGAGUAGGUUAUUACAUUAUUCUUGUAUCAGAAGGUCACAAAUUUUGAUUUUUGCUAAUACUUUCUUGGUCGAAUUAAUUGCAUAGUUUUUUUUUAA